AUGAGCCCUCAGCCGAGUCCCUAUUGGCAUGGCCGAGAGGAGGGCAGAAAUGCGAAGGGCCAGAAGACUAUAAGAGAGCUUUCAAAAUCCCCCGUUCGUGUCCUCGUCACUGCUGAUCAGUACAAACUGGGACUCGAAGUCACCGACGGCAGAGGCACGGGACGACAUGCCAUCCCGCCGAUUCCAUACCAAGUCUCGUCAUGGAUGCUCGGUGGACGUUGCUCAUUUCUGGACUCCGACCCCCUUGGCGGACCGCUUGUGCAAUCAUCGGGUGAAAGCUCGAGCAGUACGCCUCAAGCAUCAGCCAGCGCCCAAAGUCCCGAACAAAAAAGCGACAGUCUCAACCUGUAUGAUGAGGAACUCAUCCGGCGCUGGUCAGAAGUUACCUGCUUCACCAUGGAUGACCGCCACGAAGUAUUUCCAAUGUGGCAGGUGACUGUUCCGGGUCUUGCCUUAAACCAGCCCUUUUUGAAGCACGGCUUGCUGGCGCUGGCAGCGAUGCAUAUUCGGUAUACAUCUCCUCUCCCGCUGCAGACAAAAUACCUCGACCUUGCUAGUCAACAUCAGGACAGAGCGCUGGAGGGAUAUAUCCCACAGCUCCAAGAUAUCACACCAGAGAAUUAUCACGCUCUUUUUGCGUUUUCGGCUCUGCUCCUGGCCAUCCAGUACUCUUUCAUCUCCGUGUUGGACGGCGAGAUCGACAGCCACAAGUACGUUGCUGAAGUCAUUUCCGUCUUUGAAUAUGUGAUAGGCGCGACUGUUAUUGCCUUUGAAGGCGAAGUAUGGCUGCGACAAGGCGGCAUGAAGCCUCUGAUGGAGAGGGGGACCGAGCCUCAAAGCAUCCUGCCCGAGCUGAUCGAGGACCCACGAACCGUCCUCGGCAGUCUCUUGUCUUACCUGCGGCAUCUGGACGAGAAGCCGGGACCGAGCUCGGAGACUGAAACGACAGCCAACAUGCCCAUUUAUGUGCGCAGCAUCGAGAUGUUGACCAACGCUUUCCCCACCGAGGACAGCGAGAGGCGGAUGUUGGAUGACAUGAUCGGUUGGCCUCAUUACGUGGGCGCGGACUUGGUGCGGCUGCUCCGAGCACAGGAUCAAAUGGCGCUUGUGAUCCUCGCACAUUACGGCGUGGCUCUGGAUGCUUUCACGGAUAUUUGGUGGUUGGAGGGGGUGGGUGCUCGCCUGGUACACGGGAUUGCACGCAUGUUGCCUGUCGAGUUCAUUCCGCUAGUUCAAUGGCCGCUGGACAAGGUCUCGACAGGGGCAUCAAUGAAACACAUGUAUAUAAUAUGA